AGGACACAAUCUGAAGGUUUUCAAUUUUAAACCUUUUCACCCAAAUUUGUGAACUGAUAUUUGGUGAAAAUGGAAGCACUGGGCGGCAACGGAGCGUUUUGGGGUUGGAAGCUUCCAGAUUUAAGAAGCCCGAAAAGGCCGUCUCCGUCAAAGUCGAAGUCCUCGGACUCAACGGGCGGUUGGGGUCCCCGUUUCCCGUUGAAGCAAGCUGUGACGGCUGCUUCACUUGCUCUCACGGGCGACACAAUUGCUCAACUCAAUGACCGCUGGAGAAAACGAAAACAUUCUGUUUCUGAUUCCAGUGAUACAACUAAGGAUAUCAUGUCGAGCGUCAUUUCACACCAUGAUUGGCUUCGUGCCUUGAGGAUGACUUCUUAUGGGUUUCUUUUAUAUGGCCCUGGUUCCUAUGCAUGGUAUAAGUACCUGGAUCACUGUUUGCCACAUCAGACAGCGCAAAAUAUAAUGUUGAAGGUUUUACUAAACCAGGUAGUUCUUGGUCCUUGUGUGAUUGCUGUUGUCUUUGCAUGGAACAAUUUAUGGCUAGGAAAGCUCUCAGAGCUCCCUAGUAAAUAUCAGAAGGAUGCUCUCCCGACACUUUUUUAUGGAUUUAGGUUUUGGAUCCCCGUCAGCUUGUUGAAUUUUUGGGUGGUUCCUCUUCAAGCCCGUGUAGCUUUCAUGUCGACAGGAUCCAUCUUUUGGAACUUUUACUUAUCAUCAACCAUGAGCAAGUAGAUUCGACCUCACCGCACCAGUGAUUGAUUAGUUCCUGCUACCGGUUUACUUCACUUCCCUUGAGCUUUUUCGUUAUUCCUAGUUAAGAUCUACUUUAUUGUUGAAUAAGAUUUUCAUUUAUAUGAUAAUUUGUUGUUCACCUAAAACCUGGCAGAAUUCAAGCCAAAAGAAAUACAACGAUUGGAUUAUGAAAUUUAA